UAUGAACCUUUGAGGAUUUAGAAAAUCAAAAGCUUUAAUCUCAGAGCCAUUUGGGUGGUUACCAUCUAGAAGAAUUGGAUUAUUUGGCUUUUACGAUGGAAGACAACAUAUAAUUUUUACACAAGUUGGUAUCUUUGUGGUUGGCUGGUAAGAUUACCUUUUUCAAGAAAAUGGGAAAUUCCAUUUUUUUCCUUCUUAUUGGCGUUUCUGGUGCUAAUUGUUUCUAGAGAAAAUUGAUGCUAUUUACAUGAUUAAGUAGGCUGUGACACGUGUGUGUUUAUUUGCCAAUUGCCAGCUUCUUCUUAAAAAAACUUAAUUUUUAUCUCCAAAUUUGCUCAAGAGUGAGCAAAUGCUGCAAUUUGAUUAUCUUGAUUGCUUUGAUUCCAAAGCAUGGAGAUAGUCAGAUAGGGAAAUUUCGAGCCUUGGGUUUUCGCUUCUGCUGGCAAUUCUGUUGAUAUUUUGUGGCGUUGUGAUGUUAGAGGGUUUCAGUGAGGAUUAAGCUCUUAAAUGGAGGGUCCAUGUGAUACACCAGGAAAUGGUGACGUAGCAGAUCGCCACCUUCAGAUUAUUAGGUACUCUCCAUUCCAGCCCCGGUUUGGAUUAUCAUCACUCUGGUUUGAUUUGAGAGUGUUUUAUGUUAGACUCAGCAAUUUUCGAGUUGAUGAUUCCACUCCUGAAUAUCUAACUCUCAAUCACACCCCGUUAGACCCUGACACCCUUUUGGAAGUUAAUGGUACUCGAAACAACAUAUACUCUGAUGGGGUCUCUUUACUUCUUAGAAGGGAUAGGGUAGACAAGAAAUCAAAAGAAGCCACCUUUGUUAGUACAGAUAGUGUUAGGUUAACAGGGAGUGUGAAAUUCAGUGUUGUCGAUAGAAAGGAUCUCAUUCUCUGUGGUAUAUUGGAAAUGUCUGGUAGUAAUAGCUUCAUUGGAGAAUCGAAAAAUCACGUAAAACGAUGGAGUAUGAAUUGUAAAUCGGAGAUCACUUCUGGCUGUUGUUUCCUCAAGGAUAAGCACGGUUCUUCUCCCGAAUUAUCAUCACCAACGAUUGAGGUUUAUGUUACAGGUUGCUUCUCUGGAAAACCAAUCAUUUUGACCAAAACAUUGCAACUCAAUCACAGAAAGAAGCAUAAUAGGAAGGGCAUGUUAGAUGCAAUCCCAGAAUAUGAGAGCACUGAUUGCCUAAAAGAUAUGCCACCUCUGUCUGGACCCGAUAUGCAGGCAGCAGAGUACAGAAGCUACAAACACGAAAACUUUGAAGACUAUAGAAACAUUUACUGGAGGGGGACAGAGUGCAUAGAUGGUGAAGAUGGCGAACUCUCGUGGUAUAAUUCAGGUGUAAGGGUCGGUGUAGGAAUCGGUCUUGGCGUUAGUCUUGGCGUUGGUAUAGGAGUUGGCUUGCUGGUUCGUACUUACCAAACAGCAACUAGAAAAUUCAAAAGGCGACUUCUCUGAGUCCGUUCAUCUAAAUUUGCUAUUACUGUCUGCUCCCUUGAGAUCCAAAGGCUUCCCACAAAAGAUGUUACCGGCAUAGAUGGUCGACACCAGAUUUUGACGGAGUAUAGUUGCCUUUAAUUUGUAAUUAGUUUGUUAUAUAUAGUUUAUUGCUGCUAUUGAGAAACAAUGAUUAUGAGGCUAUACAUUUACAAAGUGAAGUCUGUAUGAUUGGUAUUUCCCUGUAAAUAAACCAGUUUUUGUGAAGAUUAGGAUGUUGUCCGUUUUGGUUAGUAAAAAUAGGAACCCAGAGAGUUUGAGCUCGAGCCGAAA